AAUGAUUUUAUGUUAGAAGUCGAUAAAAAUUAAAUAUUUCUAGCAGGUAUCUAAUUUGCGUCAAAUGCUUUUUAGAAGUUAAUUUAGGGACAUUCUGUUAACACUUGCGUUUGAUUUUUGAAACAUUUUAAAGAGUUGUGUUGUUAGUGAAUAUGUGUAACAGAUCCGGAAUAUGUGAUCAUAGCUCUGUUACUUCGGGGCAUUGAGUUACUAACUAAAAGUUUAUUAACCCAACAGAAAAAUACUAACGUGUAAUUUCCAUUGCUAUAUCUGAGAAGAAAUCGGAUGUGGGGAUAUUGAAUAAAAACAUCUGAUAUAAAUAAAAUAAAGAUAUAAAAUAUGGUGGCAGGCAUAUUACAUAUGGAUGAAAAUAUUCAAAAUAAUUUAAUGAAAAUGUCCAACGUACAUAUUUCUUGCGAAUACACUUCUGGAAAAAGCAAAUUCCUCGAGAACAAACGUGUCUCGUUUAUAAGAACUACUGGUAUUACAAAUAAUGUUAAUCCCCCUAAAGAAAUAAUAUCUAUCAACAAUAAGCGGAUAUUUCCACCAAUAAUUCCUACGCCGAAUGCCAAUAAUGAUUUUGAGCAUCGCUCACUACGAAUGUUUACACUAUUUUCAUCAUCACUGCAUUUAGCUGAAUUUACCAAAUUUGAGUAGGCAACACUGCUCAAAAAUGGUCGAUUUUUGCUAUUUUUUGACAGAUGUCGCUUGAAGUCUGCCGCCUCCUUUGCGUUUGCAGCAUCAGAGGAAAGCAGUUUUAUAUUGCCUCUCUAUUAUAUUUUAACGUAGUUAAUAAUAAGCGAAUUUUUUCGUAAAAUUUAUAUUGAUUUUCCAAAAAUACCAAAAUUUCUAUAAAUAAUUUAUCU